AUGCCAGCACAAAAGAAGCCAUCGUCAUCAACGGCGAAGAAGACAUCGUCGUCUACCGAGAAGAAAUCCUCGUCCUCCACCGAUAAGGCGCAAACGCAUAAACUUUCGCUGAAGGGCAGCUCGAAACUGGUCACGGAAUUCUUCGAGUACUCGAUCAACACUAUACUAUUCCAGCGCGGCGUGUACCCAUCGGAAGACUUCACGGUGGUCAAGAAGUAUGGCUUGAACAUGAUGGUGUCGCUUGACGACCAAGUCAAAGCGUACAUCAAGAAAAUUAUGAGCCAGCUUAGCAAGUGGAUGCAAAAAUCCAAGAUCUCCAAGCUCGUCAUUGUCGUCACCAGCAAGGAGACAGGAGAGCAUGUCGAACGGUGGCAAUUUGACGUCAACAUCUUCAACGAUGACGGCAACAAGAAGCGCGGCCACUCGUCUGGAGACAAGGAGAACUCAGCUCCAGACUCCAAUGCCCAAGCUGCUCCAGAGUCAGAGAAAGCGGAAUCAGAGAUCCAGUCCGAGAUCCAGGCACUGUUCCGACAGAUCACUGCCUCGAUCACUUUCCUGCCGAUGCUUGAUGGCAAUCAUACCUUCAACGUGUUGGUCUACGCGGAUGCCGACAGCGAAGUGCCACUCGAGUGGGGCGACAGUGACGCAAAGGAGGUCAAGAAUGCAGAGAAGGUGCAAUUGAGAAGUUUCUCGACCAACUCGCAUCGCAUCGACACCGUGGUUCAGUACAGAUUAGCAGAGUGA